AUGGGCUGGGAGAGACUGGGAUGGACUGGGAGGGGGAUUGGGGGUGAUCCCUGCAAGGAUCCCCCCGGCUUCCUCAGCCCCCAGCUGGGACCCGGCGCCGCAGCCCGGGGGCUGGGGGGGGAUCCCGCGUCCUGCGGGGGAGGAGAGGGAUCCACCGGGAGCGGAUCGGGAUCCUCUGGGAACCCGGGAUCCCAUGGAGGGAGACCGGGAUCUUCUGGCGGAUCGGGAUCCUCUGGGGAAUCGGGAUCAUACGGAAGUGGAUCCGGAUCCUCUGGAGGGAGACCGGGAUCCUCCGGUGGAUCGGGAUCCUCUGGCAACCCGGGAUCCUAUGGGGGAUCGGGAUCAUACGGAAGUGGAUCAGGAUCCUAUGGCAACCCGGGAUCCUAUGGGGGAUCGGGAUCAUACGGAAGUGGAUCAGGAUCCUAUGGCAACCCGGGAUCCUAUGGGGGAUCGGGAUCAUACGGAAGUGGAUCAGGAUCCUAUGGCAACCCGGGAUCCUAUGGGGGAUCGGGAUCAUACGGAAGUGGAUCAGGAUCCUAUGGCAACCCGGGAUCCUAUGGGGGAUCAGGAUCCUAUGGAGGGAGACCAGGAUCCUCUGGAAGCUCGGGAUCCUAUGGGGGAUUGGGAUCCUAUGGAGGGAGACCAGGGUCCUCCAGUGGAUCGGGAUCCUAUGGCAACCCGGGAUCCUAUGGGGGAUCAGGAUCCUAUGGAGGGAGACCAGGAUCCUCUGGUGGUUCAGGAUCCUAUGGGAGUGGAUCGGGAUCCUAUGGAGGAUCGGGAUCCCAAGGGGGUAGACCGGGAUCCUAUGGGGGAUCGGGAUCCUAUGGAGGGAGACCGGGAUCUUCUGGUGGUUCGGGAUCCCAGGGAGGGAGACCAGGAUCCUCCAGCGGAUCAGGAUCCUCUGGGGGAUCCUUCGUCUCCCCGGGAUCUUCCGGAGGGGAGCCGGGAUCCUACGGGAGCCGCCCGGGAUCCGCCCAGGGCGACGGCUCCGGCUCCUUCGUCUCGCCCGAAUCCGGGGGGGAGCGGGGAUCCCACGGGCACGGCAGUGGAUCCGGAGCAGGGAGACCCGGAUCCCCGGGGGCGAGCGGAGCCGGGUCAUCCUAUGGGGGAUCCGGUUCGGGAUCGGGCAGACCCGGAUCCCAAGGAGGGAGCGGAUGGGGAUCCUCCGGGGGAUCGGGAUCCUAUGGAGACACCUCGGGAUCCUACGGCCUCCCUGAGACCUACGGGGACGACUCGGGAUCCUACGGGGACUCGGGAUCCCAGGGGGGCGGAUCUGGAUCCUCUGGGGGGUUGGGAUCAGGAUCCUGGCCCGGGUACAAGAAUCCGGGGAUCCCGUUCAUCCCGGGGCUGAAGGAUCCCGCCCGGAUCGGGGGUUACAUCCCCGUGCGCCGCGGGCCCGGGUCGGGAUCGGGACCCGGAUCUGGACUGGGAUCGGGAUUUGGAUCCAGAUACGGAUUGGGAUCAGGCUCAAGACUGGGAUCCGGCUACGGAUUGGGACCGGAGUCGGGAGCAGGAUCUGGAUCCAGUUAUGGAUUUGGAUCGGGGUCGAGACCUGGAUCGGGAUCAGGAUCGGGAUCAAGACCCGGUUCGGGAUCUGGUUACGGAUUUGGAUUGGGAUCAAGACCUG